CCUGAAAGUAGUGAAAGCAAAAACUGUCCAAUGUUUUGACAUGCAUUCCUAAUGUUUGGAUAACAGUAUCCCUGUGAAAUCUGAUUGGUUAAAACUCAAAUACGGUUCAUUUUGAUUGGCUUAGACAGAGAAGUUUACCGGGAAACCCCACGCUGUUCUAAAAUUAGAUAAACACAUGGCUAAUCAACAAGUAGAUAAAAUGGUCGUGUCCUGACAAGAAAUCAUACACAUUCCAAAUAGAAUUCCGAUGAGAUAGUGUCCGUAGCUCCUCCAGUGUUCUAUUUAUUUUACCUAAUUUAUUUAACUUAUUUAAUUUAUUAAUCAUAACCAACCAGAAUGUUUGUUGUAAAUUCACUAUUAAAAAGCCUCGGCCAGUUACAGAAAUCGCCCGAAAAUGCCUUCAUCCCCGUCCACUCACAUGUUCGUCCCAGAACGAGAAGUAGCGUCACUAUGUGGCAUUUACCAGAAGAAAUUUGUUUACAUCUGCUCAAACAUCUCCAUAUUAAAGAUUUGCUCAAUAUGAAAAUUGUUCACCCGUAUUUCAAUGAUCUCAUCAAUGACAACAAUUGUUUAUGGGCAUCUGUUAAAUUCCACAACUGUUGGCCUUCACCUGCUAAUUUACACCAUUUUCAAAGAGCAGCCAAUGCAGGAAAUGUUGAAUCUCUAGUAAAACUUGGAGUAGCUUAUCUCUACCAUGAAGGAUUACCGUGUGAUGCAGAUUACCAGAAUAUCACAAUAAAUGGAACUACAGCUGCUCAGUUAUUCUCCGAAAUUGAAACCAUGAACCUCAAAAUAGAACCCUUCACCUGGUUGUUUAUCCGUCCCCCAUGGUCCCCUAGUGGUGCUUGUUGUAAAGAACAGGUUUUCACAUGUAUGAAAGAAUCUGUUGAUUCCAAUCCAGACAAACAGCUAGCUCUAUGUGUGGCUAAAACUCUACAAUUGAUGGAAAAUGAAGAAAGGCAAUCAGAAUCAAAACAAUAUUUAGAACUUUCUGCAAGAUUAGGAUCUGGAAGUGCUGCAUAUUUAUUAUGGCAACAGAAAUUUUCAAAUAAGUGCCUGGAUACAGCUACAGAACUGACCAGUAUUCGUGAAUUACGAGAUGUAACAAGUAUGGGAUGUCUAGAUGCAAGUUUGACAUUAUGCGAUUUCUAUUCUCGUGGAAUAUAUGGUGGAAUCCAUCGUUCUCAAGCAGCAGCAUACAUGAAAGAAACUUUCCAAAGCUCUGUCCCCUCAGGAACACAUAAAAUAUUCAAAAGUUCUACAAAUCUUAGUCAAGCAAUGAGAUAUAUCUUAGUAGAUUGGUUAGUGGAAGUAGCAGGAAUGAAAAGUUUUUCUAAUCAAACUCUUCACACAGCUGUUAGCGUAGUUGAUAGAUUUUUAGCAACACAAAAUGUCCCCCGUGCCAAGUUACAGUUAUUAGGUGUGGCUGCUAUGGUUGUUUGCUCAAGAUUUUUAGGAAAGGAUGUUAUAACUGUUAGAGAAGCUGCAUGGUUAACAGACAACACAUAUAAGUAUGAAGAUGUUGUCCGAAUGAUGGGAGAAAUCACUGCCUCUUUGAAAGGAAAUAUCCGAAUUGCAACAAAUUUAGAUUAUGUGAAAGUAGUUAAUGUUUUAGCUGGAAUGGAUGCCAAAGCCAGUUGUUUAGCCGAGUAUAUUUGUGAAUUAUGUGUCCUUCAGUCAGAAAUGGGUCAAUACAGUCCAACUGAAAUUGCCUGUUCUUCAGUGUUACUGGCUAGAUUAUUACUAAAAUCAGAAGAACCAUGGCCUAGUCAGAUGGAAGAGUUCACAGGAUUUCCAUUAGAAGAUCUCAGCAGGUGUGCUUUCCAUAUUCAUGAAAAAUGUUUUUUGGAGGGUUCAGUCAUAGACCACAGAGAGAUAACUCUACAAGCUGUCAAGCAGAAAUAUGGCGAAGAAAAAUUCUUUCAAGUCAGUUCCAUUGAAAUUAUGAACUAUGAAGAACUUUGCAGCAUGCUUGGUGUCACUGAUUUCUACCUCAAUGGUUUCGAUCUCAAGUUACGAUUCAGGAAUUAUGAUGAACUCAUUGUUUCACCCUGCAGGGGCAAAUCUAAAGGCAGGAGAACUGCUCAAAGAUUUAGUGAACGUGAAAAUGCAGCCACACCGUCUUUUGAGAAAGGACCUUUCUUCAAUGACUCAAUGACCUCUGGUUAUGAGGGUGACCAAGAAGAUGAAGACUCCAUGUUUGAUGAUUCAUUUAGUCCAAUUAAAAGUGAUAGUUCAGAUUUAGCUUUCGACUCCGACGGUGACACAUAUUCUGCCUGUCUCUCCAGUUAUAUUCAGGGAAAUAGCAGCUACGGAACAAUUCCAGAUUCAUUUGAUGUGUCAUCGCCACCCUGUGGAACUAAUUUUUAUUGUGGUAAUUCUUCAUCAUCUGGUGUGUCAUGUUCACCUGUUACCUCUAGUCCAUACAGUAAAAAGGCCAAGUGCAAUUUUAAUGGCAAGAUCUCUGAUGUACCCAUCUUCAGUGAACUGAGCAUACCUAAUACAUCCGACAAUAAACGUAGAAAAAGUGCCAGAACUGCAACUAAAAUGACAUCACCUAAUGCUUUAAAAAGGAAGAAGAGAUCUUCAACCGAUACCUCAAAAUCUUUAUGUGACUAAAAUCUCUAAUUGUACCAAAAGUACCACACCGUGCCAAAACUCAAAUGUUUCAUGCCUUUUGAAACGUCAUAUAUACAAAGAUGACCUCAGCAUAAUUUGGAUCAAGUUUUCAGGAACGUAACUUAUAUGAUAUGUAUUUCCAUUCCAUGAUCAUUUUGUUCAGACAAAUAGUUCCAUAUCAUGUUUAUAAUGUUUUAUAUGUGAAUUUCCCACUUGGAAGUUAUUGAUUUAUUUUUCGUCCCAUAACAUCAUGUAUUAUCAGAGAUUCAAUUGAUUUCAUUCCCCAUUUUCUUAUCAAAUAACACCUCAGAUCAAAUUUAUACAUUUUGAUAUGAAUCUUUAUUUUUUUUUUUUUAUAACUUUUUUUUUUAAAAAGUUUUUGAAUGAGAUUAGCUUUGUAGUACCGUAAAAUGAAUAUGAAAUUUUGAGUCAAGUGAGUGUGUGUUAGAGUUAAAAAAAAGUGCUAGACUGGUGCCUACUUGUGUAAAUAGUCCUAAUUUAAAUUGUGCAAUUUUCACAAUUGCAAAAAUUUCGUCCAUAUUCACUGUCGAUUAUUAUGAAACAUUGAUAAUCAAUUGUUAUACUUGUGUGAAUGUAUACUAUUUAUUUAUUAUGUUAGAUUUUGUUAUCUAUCUUUUAGUCAUUAUCAAAUAGUAUUACGAUAUAUGUAGUACCUAAUAUAUUUUCACUUAAAACUGUCUAUUUUAGUUCAGCUGGUAGUGUCUCAGAUGUAUUCAAAAUAACCUGUAUUAUAACUCUUAAUAAUUUAUCAUAUUACCAAUACCUUAAUGAAUUAGUAGAGACAGUAUUUUGAUUAUUAACAUUUUAAGUUGUCAAGAAUAUUGAAAAAGUAUAUAAUCUGCUCAAUCAAUCCUAACAAUGCAUCUUAAGCCGGUCAGCUCACAAUUUUUAUUUUUUUUCUCAGUCCUAAUUUUUAUGAUAAAUCAUAUAAAUUGGUAGCCACUGAUUGUUUGUUAGAGAAGUAUGAAUGUAUUUUGUGUCAUGAUGUUAAGUUAUAUUUAGUGAUUAGUCUGAAAAAAAAUCCCUGAUAUUUUAACCUUGUGUGUAUAUAACAUAUGAAUAUAAAUGCACAAUUCACUCAUUUUAAGCAUUUUGAUACUGUUUUGAUAAUGAUCAUAAAUUGUUAUUUUGUUAUGUAAAUAAUGAAUUGUUAUAGAAAAUAGAAUGUUAUAUAUUUAAAAAAAAUAAUAGAAUAAUAUAAUGUGAAAAGUCAUUUUGAAGGGACCAGUUUGAUAUUUCUAUUGUGAUAUGCCUGAUUAUCAAGACAUUCCCGAAAUUAAAAUGGUGCUUUUUACCCCCCUUGAACAAUACAAGACAGUAUUUGUGAUUGUAAAUAAAAAAACCAACAUGUUAUGUUGUAAUAUUGUUACAGAAUAUGUAUUAAAGAUUAAUUAUUUAUACUUUUGUAGCAAAAAAAUAAAAUGUAAUUAAUAUUACAGUACAUUAA